AUGGCCCUCUCAUGCAAAUUAGCACAUUGCAUCGCACCUCCUCCUGAUAUGACAACAACUGGCGUGAACCGUACGUGGAAUGGAUCAACUACAAUUGGAACCACCGUCGCUUACACAUGCCCACAAAAUCAGGCAUUCAAUGUCUCUGAAUCAAUUCUCAGUGCAACUGGUUUGACUUACCACAAAAACGGUAGUGACAUCAUGGAAGUCAAUAUCACCUGCCUGGACAAUGGAACAUGGAGUAACAUCGGCAUUCCCAUGGCUUGCAAGUUCACACGUUGCAUCGCUGCUCCUCCAGACAUGACUACUGUUGGUGUGAACCGACCACCAGACGUUCCUCGCAAUGGAGGACAACGUGAAUGGAAUAAUGAUACUGACGUUGGUACGGUCAUCUCAUACAAAUGCCCAGAGCGUAUCGGAUUCGAUGUUGAUACCAAAUACUUGACGCAACAUGGCUUCCAAUACGAUGUGAACAGUGAUGGAAAUGUAAUUUCCAUUGAUGUGAUGUGUCUGUCAGAUGGACAAUGGCAGGGGUUUAAUUUUUCUUGUCUUGAGACCUUAUGUCGUCAAGAUCCUCCGGCUCCUGCAAAUGGAGGAACGAGAGUCUGGGAUGGAAACAGGAAACAAGGAACUAUCGUUUCCUAUUCCUGUCCCGAUUUGCAAGCCUUCGACCUUAGUGAGGACUACUUGAAUCAGAAGUCAAUCAAGUAUAUAAAGGCUAACGAGACGAUUGUAGAGUUGCAAAUCACUUGUGACGGUUUUGGAGCGUGGCAAGUGGUGGACCUCUCCUGCAAGCCUACUUAUUGUACCGGGCAGCCUCCCAAUGCUCCGCUAGGUGGAAGUCGUAUAGAAUCCUUGACGCCAAAAGUUGGGUCGGCGGUAUCCUAUCGCUGUCCGAAGAACAUGGCAUUCACCACCAAUAAAGAGACACUUAAUUCUUCCGGGAUCAUUUACACGGAGACGGACGGUUACGUGGUAGAGAUCCAGUUGAAAUGCACGAAAUCUGGAGCAUGGGAAACCGUGGACAUGACCUGCAGGUGGAAUAUAUGCGUUGACGACCCAUCUCAAGCUCCUCCCGGGGGAUCCAGGCAAUGGAAUGGAAGCAAGAAAGUCGGUGAUGUUGCCAAUUUCUCUUGUCCUGAGAAUCACGCUUUCACUGCAGAUACGGGAUACUUGGCCAACAUGGGGAUACCCUAUGAGGAGAGUGACGGAGAUGUGGUACUCAUUCAGUUCCAAUGUGGGUCUGAUGGUCGGUGGAAGGAGACGCCAUUAUCGUGCAAAUGGACUCAAUGCAACAACGAUCCACCACCUCCACCCACAGGAGGGAGCAGGAACUGGCCUGGAUCAAAGAAAGUUGGCACGGAAGCUACGUACACUUGUCCUCAGGCUUACUUGUUCAGGAACAGUCAGAGUGGAUUAGUGGAAGCUGUGACAAAGAAAUGUCAACCAGAUGGAAGUUGGGAACCUCUAGAUGAAUCUUGUAUAUUGAAAUGUCCGGUGGAUCCUCCCCCGCCUCUCCCAGGAGGUCGUAUGGAAUAUGACGAAUCUGGGAAUGCAGUCUAUACCUGUCCUGACGAUAUGGGGUAUCCCGAUGGAAAAAAGAAUCAUAUCCUGACAUGCUCACAGAACACCUUGAAAUGGGAAGGAGACGAUUAUAGGAGCUGCAUCUGGUUGGUGUGUCGAGAAGAUCCCCCGGAGACACCACUUGGGGGUUCUCGAAUUUGGUCAGGGGAUCAAACAUUGGGAACUGAAAUCUUAUUUGAAUGCCCAAAUGAUUGGAGGAAGGCAAGAGUGACGUGCAGCCCAGCCGGUAACUGGACAGAGCUUAACCUCGCCUGCAGUUCUUCCGUUAGCUUCCCUGAGGAAAAGUGA